UGUAUCUCGCUGAAUAAAGAGUUUGGACGUGUGAUGUUUCUUGCUGUCGGUUUGGAGUAUCGGCGAUAAUGACUUUGUAAAAUGUUGCCGGACCAGGUCAUACACGAUUCCGAUGCAGGGAUUAUGCAGUUGAGCACAGCAUAGAGUGUGAAGAACGCAGGGCGUAACAAUGAAAGAAUGGUUUGUUCUGUUCUUGUGACGUCACGGUUCAAGAUGGCCGCGAACUUUAGCAGCAGAAGACGUUUUCGGAGGAACUUUCACAACAUCUAAUUUUGUAACGUGUGUGAUUACAAAAUUAAGCAGGAAACAACUGCAACUAUGAAAGGAUGGAUAAAACUCGAGACCCUGCUCAGGUUAGAGAAGCCAUUUUGAAAGUGUUUAAAGCAAUGACAAGCUCUCCGUGCGGUGGACCAGCUAUUCUCGUUGGGCGUAAGACUCCCACCAUUUCAAAAACAGGAGGAGUAAAAACAGCCACGGAAACCUUCCACAAGUACAAGCUGUACGACAGCGAUGACGACGUGAUGAUUAGUGACGGGACUUGCACGCCGGAGAAACAAAAGCCAAAGAAAGACAACAAAAAGCGCAAGGAGGCAGCAAAAGCCCUGGAGGAAGAAACAAGGAAAGAUUGCCAUCAGCUGCGCACUGCAAGCCACAAAACCAACUAUCAGAAGGAGAAGAGGCGAAAAUCCAGGGCUGAGAGGAACCGCAGGACACACCAGAAACAGCAGCAGGUGGAUCCCCAUGAGAGAACGGAAUUUAGGAAACACAUCAAAAGAGCCAGGGAAAUAUCCUCACGUUCCCGCAUAGACAAUGCCCUGCAGGACUCACAACCGUUCUCUGUCAUAACCCAGAGCAGGCUCACUAGACCUGUUGGAAUUUACAACAAAGGCAAGAAAUCCGACAAAGUAUAUCGAGCUCCGAUCCACGUCCCCGACCGCGUCAAGAAAGAUGUGGCGAAAGGCCUGAAGGAAAUCCUAGGCAGUUCCUCGCCAACGUCGCUGCACUGCGCACCCAGCUAUGACUCCCUGCUGUUUGAUAGGGGUGGCACCCCAGCAUUUAGCACAGAGAAAAGAAGUUGCCACGCGCCAUCUGUGACAUCAGCAACAAGGUCUCGCAGCUCAUUUGCCAAUGAAGAUCUUGUGUCAGAGACAGCCACCAAAGAAUUGCCCAAGGAUCCACCAUAUGUAGAGAUUGCCACAAACCUAAUGGCAAGCUUGGAUGUUAGGACGAUAUUUCCUGAUCGAGAUUAUUUUAAGGAAGUCCAAGAGGAUUUGCUUAAACUUAUGAAGCAAAACAGGGUCAGUGAAGGCUGUGACCGCGGCAGGCCUACCUCUCAUGUGUCGGGAAUAGAUGCCCUUCUGGCUAGAAAUAAAGGACAAAACCAGAAAUCACGUACUCAUCAGUUAAUAGAUGACACCCCACCCCAUGAAGUGUCCGAGACUUACAUUCCUCAAAGCCACCAUGAAUCUGGACCACACCCGGAAUCAAACCAGGGACCACACCCAGUACCACGCCUAGCACCACGCCCGGGACUGAACCCAGAACCGCACCCUGGAAAUGCAGUGUAUUCCUUAACUCAUGGUCACCAGGAGGGUGGAGCUCAGCCAAGAUCAUGCCAUAGGCCACACCCAGAACCACACCCUGUGCCACACCCUGAGCCACACCCAGGCGAUGCAGUUUAUUCUCUUUCUCAGGAGAGUGAGGGUUUGGAUCUGAGGCAUCUCAUGCACCAACAGGAGGCCAUGUCAACCAAUUUUGCCUCCUCGAUGACCUCAAUGCCUGACCACCACAAGAGGGCGCUGCACACCAUCACCGAUGGGAUGGAGCUUCUGAGGAGGGCUGAGGAGAUCCGCAAGUCGAUGAAAGGAACGGCUGAGGAGAGACUAGCCGAUGAGAUUGCUGGUAGUCAACAGCAUUGGGACAAUGGCCAGCGAAGAGUGUACCACCUUGUCGAACACUCCACCAGAGACAUUCUGGAUCAGAUUAAUACCUCCCACCGACCUCUGUCAUCUCAACCUCAUCCCCAAGACUCUGUCUUCCAAUUCGGCCACUCCGACCCACAGGACCAAAUCCACGGGUCAAGCUACCUCCACGACGACAGGUCCUACCAUAUCCCCACCCAUCGUUUCCAUGACGACUACAGCUUGAUGGCCCAAUCAAACGACCCGUUAGCUGAUGAACUCUUUAUCCAGGAGGAACUCAGAUCACAGGAUGUGAGGCCUGAAAAUGUGCAAUCGUGGCGCAAAAGGAACGGCCAACUUCAGAGGGGCACAGAUUCUGACAAUAAUUCCCCCAUCUGGUACCCAACAUACAUGUCACCCCUACAGAAGCCCAGAAUGGAAUCGCCCAGCCCACCCAAGCUAUACCCGCAAAGGAUGUACUAAUUUCAAAAAAAGGUGACAUAUUCUUAUCAAAAAGGUUUAGUGUAUGCAUUAUCCAUAACGAGCACUAUCACAAUUUUAAACAAAAUUUUGUAUAUUCUGGUAUGAGAGGUUUUUAAAAAGUUUUUUUCUUGCCAAUAUCAUUAAUAAGAACUGCACUACCUGUAAAAACCCGUUCUUUUUUAGGUGCCUUUGUAUGUCUUUUAACAAAUGGCGUAAAUUACUUUUGAUCUGAAACAACAUAGUUCAAAUAAAAGCACUAAAAAAAAAUGUUGAACCUCUAUUUGCCAAUUAAGUAAAACAGUAUUCACACUCGGCUAAUUUUCUCAAAAUUUUAUUCAUGAUUAUCAAAGUUAGGUAGUAGUUUAUUUACAGUUUCAAGUCCACUUGGGUAUACUAAUAUUUACAAAAGUUAAGUUAAGCCAUCUUAAAAAGAACAACUGCAUUUCAGGCACUUGUCAAAGAAAAUAAGGCUUCAUUUCGCAAGUUUUUAAUUUUAGGUACAUUGUAUUCAAUUCAAUUUGAAGGAUUCAUAAACACGAUUUGUCUCAAUCAAGCAAAAUCUUACGAAAAAAUAUACUCACAGAAACUACACAGGCCUAAUUAAUAUAAAUAUGUGAAAAUAAGGCUUUUCUUUCGUUAUUUUUUCGGAAGCAAAAUGUGAAGAACAUUUGACUCGCAUGCUAACAGUGGGAUACUGUGGGGCAGGUUU